AUGCAAGUUAAUACAGAAGUAGUUACAAAGUACUUAGCUUUGUGUGAUGAAUAUCUUUAUCAAUUACUUGACGGAAGCACUCUCACCAAGAGUUUAAUAACUACCCCAACCAGUAAACACAUAACAUACACUUUAUUUGUGCUAUUUGUGGUAGUUUUCUUUUAUGAAACACUCUAUUGGUCAGGAAUAUAUCUUGGAUUAUGGGAAUAUCAUGCCAAAGAUAUAUUCACUGAAGUCCCAGUUCACUGUGCUCAUGUCUAUAUAAGAUUAAAUGUUGUACAAAAAGAUAAUGUAUCUAAAUUAGAAUCUCACUAUAGCAAGGCCCAAGAUUCUUUCCUUACAAGAUAUUGGACUAGGUUCACUACUCCAAAAUAUGAUUUUACAGAACGUUCAUUACCAAUUACUUAUCAUUUCGAAUUCAGUCCAGAAGAUUUCGAAAUGAAUGAAUCUCCAGAAUGGGGGUCAACUAUUGAUCAUUUAAGAAAUAAAAUUUUGGAUACAUAUAGAGAGUCUCCAUUGAAGUCAAAGGGAAAUGCCAAAGUUACAUCUUCCAAUGUUAUAUUAUUCAACAACAAAUAUCAAUUAAUCCAACAUAAGCAAAAUAACUCAUAUCUUUGCAAAUGCCAUAUUGAAACUGGGAAUCUUAUUGAUGCAUUCAUUACCGUUUAG